AUGUCUUCAUCAGUGAAACAUCUUGUUGUUAUAAUUGAUCUUAAUCCAUAUUAUUGGUCUGAUAAAAUAGCAUCAUCAACAACAUUAAAUUUUAAACAAUAUCUUAAUAUAAUCAUACAAUUUUGUAAUGCAUAUAUUGCAUUUGAUAUCAAUCAUCGUCUUAUUAUAAUUGGUUGUUCAAAUAAUGAAACACAUUUUCUUUAUCCUGAUCCAACAAAUGAAUCAAUAAUUAUUCCAACCGUAACAAAAACAAAUAUGUUUGAACAAUUAUUUGUUGUUGAUCGUGUUGUUGAAAAUAAUCUUAAACAAUUUAUUGAAGAUUUAUCACCGAUGAAUACAUCAUCCGGUUCAAUGAUAACAAUGGCAUUAACACAAGCACUUUGUUAUAUAAAUCGCCUUAUACGUGAAACAUUAGCUGGAGAAAAAAAUUCAUUUAGAAUAUUAAUUAUACAAACAACAAAUGAUACAUCAAAACAAUAUAUGAAUUUUAUGAAUGCAGUUUUUACAUCAGAAAAAAUUAAUGUACCUAUUGAUGGAUGUAUUCUUAAUAAUGAUUCUAGUCUUUUACAACAAGCUUGUGAUUUAACAUCUGGUAUAUAUUUACGUGUACCUGAUCCAAAUGGUCUAUUACAAUAUUUAUUAUGGCUUUAUUUAACUGACAAAGAAGUUCGUAAAAUGCUUGCAUUACCAACAAAAGUGGCUGUUGAUUAUCGUCCAGCAUGUUUUUGUCAUCAUAAAUUAAUUGAUACAGGUUAUGUUUGUUCAGUAUGUUUAUCGAUCUAUUGUGAUAAUGCAUCAACAUGUUCAACAUGUCGUUCAGCUUUUGAUAUAACUAAUACAUCGAAUGGUGCAAAUGAUUCAUCAAAACGACAAGCUCGAUAA